AGAAAAAUGCAUAAACGCCAAAUUGAGACCCUACUCCAGUUAGCUUGUGUUUAGAUCUCAUACAAUUUCUCCCAACUAUAUUUGAGCCAAACAAGAGAAGUCCAAAAUUGAUCCAAGUUCUUGAACUUAUACCACCUCAUCCAAAUCGCCUAGAAAAGAAAUCAGAGCCAAACCCAAAUUCAUCAAAUAAUAGAUGGGGAUGAAUCUGAAACGCAAAUCAAAAAUUUGUCCAAAAGAAAUCGCAAAAUCGAUUCGUGUCCAAUCUUAAUCAAGUUGAGACCAGACCCAACUGCAUCCCUUGUUGAUGAUGAUGAUGAUUUUUUUUUUUUUUUUUUUGCCAGAGCGAAUGACUCAUACACAUGGACACACCAAAAAACUGCAUCCCUUGUUUUCCCCAACUAUAUUUUCCAAGCGGACUCAACCUCCUUUGCCAUAUCUUCAUUCCCCAAGGCUUCUGCUCUCAUCCUAGUUGGCUCCUAGCUGGCUUUUCUUGUCACCCAAGUCUCUCUCUCUCUCUAAAAUAAAGUGAUGACCUCUUUUGUCCUUUUUGCAACAUUACCAAUCUCAUGCCAUUGAAUCCCCCUCUCGGACCUCACCUUAUCCCUCUUCAUUUGUCCAGCUCAAUACUUCUUUCCUUUCAAUUUCCCCUCCCCCCUGCAUUCCUAAUCUCCUCUGAUCUCUUUCUCACUUCAUCUCUGCCUUUAUGUCAGCACUCCAAAAGACCUUCCUCAGAUCUCCAAGACCACAAAUCUUGUCUUAAGAUCCCAUCACCACCAUUUCAAUCCAUCUUAUCUUGGUCUUCUUUUCCUCCAUUAGAACCAAUUCUCUUUCCCCAUCCCCACCUCCAAUGGAUCCAACUCUUAGGCCUCCCCUCACAACCCCACCCCCACCCUCCACCUCCUCCUCAUACACCAGCUUCCCCAUCUUGGCCAUCACCAUCCUUGGCAUCCUCACCACCGCCAUCCUCCUCGUCAGCUACUACAUCUUCGCCAUCAAGUGCCGCCUCAACUUGCGCCGCGCCGACCUCAUCCGCCGCCUCUACUUCGCCCGGUCCCGACGCCGCCGCCACCACAUGCCUCCGAUCAUCAGCACCACCACCGCCACGGAGUUUCGCGGCCUCGACCCAGCCACCAUCCGCUCCAUCCCCAUCAUCAAAUUCACAAAGGCCGGCGGCGACACCGAAGCCGACCGGCGGCGGACCUCCUUCAACGAGUGCGCCGUGUGCUUGAAUGAGUUCCAGGAGGAGGAGAAGCUCAGGCUCCUCCCCAGCUGCUCCCAUGCCUUCCACAUUGACUGCAUCGAUAUCUGGCUCCAGUUCAAUGCCAACUGCCCACUGUGUAGGUCAGACAUCACCGGCCCGUUACCAAUUCCAGCCGAACAAUUCAUGCUCCAACCUCCUGAUCAACAGCUGAAUGGAAGCGUAGUUAUAGAAGUGAGAGGAGACGAGAGUGGUGCUCAGACUCCAAGAAUGGAAGCUCCUAAUCCUUCGCCGAGGUCCGGGCAUGGGAAAAAGGGGAGGAAGCUCCACAAAGUGGGGAGCAUGGGCGAUGAGUGCAUUAAUGUGAGGGAGAAGGAUGAGCAGUUCUGUGUUCAGCCCAUAAGGAGGUCAUUCUCCAUGGAUUCCUCCAAUGAUAGGCAGCUCUAUCUUUCAGUCCAGGAGUUACUGAGACACAAUCCGCAUUGUUUUCAAGAGGCAGGAGGGAGUGGAGAAGAAGCGAGCAGCAGCGGUGGUGGUUGCGCCGGGAGCAGCAGAGUCCGGCGGUCGUUCUUCUCAUUCGGAUACCGGAGCUCAAGAAGUGCCAUUAUUCCAUUCCAUACCGAUCAAUGAUCUUUUUUCUUUUAUUAAUAUGCAAGAGACAUCAGCUGCUGCUGCUGAUGCUUCUCUUUGUUCUUGUUCUUGUUCUUGUUCUUGGUUGGACGGUGGAUGUUAAAACUGGUGGAAGAGUAUGGAAAAGCUUUUGUGGUACAAAGAUAGGGGUUGAUUAGGGAGUGUAAAUGAGGUUGGGCGGCUUCAUCGUGAGAAGUGCUGCUGUUUUGUUUCUCUGAUAAGAGGCACCAUCGCUGUAAUCAUGGAAGGUGUUCGAGUUCUAAGCUGUCCUUUCAGCACUUUUCUUUUGACUGUUUGUGUGUGUGCGCCAGUUGCCAUGUCGAUAUUAUUUUGGACUCUCGCGAGUCGCAAGGAAAAGCAAAUGGCGGUGCGAAGUAACGUGGAGCCCUGUUGGGAUGGCAGGAUGGUGUGUCGGCUCGUAACUCCAGCUUGUGGCAAUUUUGCUCCAGAGAUGAGAGAAUGAAGCAGAGGCAGUAGGGUUAGAAUUUGUCAUCUCUCAUUUUUUAGAAUAAGAUAAUUUCAUUUUGCAGGUGAUUUAUGUUUUUCUGAAAAAGCAAGGAUUGGAUUCGCUGUCAAUCUAAGCAAGAUGUUUCUUUGAUCAAAGGCCAUUAAAACCUAGAAGUCUUUGAAUUAUGGAAUUAAUGAUAACAUAUUGAUCGGUCUUA